CUAACCACAGUGCCAAGCAAUGUCGCACACCCUGUGCCUUGAGGGCGGCGUGUGGAGAGUGCACGAGUGGCAGCUCUGAGUGCAUGUGGUGCAGUAACAUGAAACAGUGCGUGGACUCAAAUGCUUAUGUGGCCUCUUUCCCCUAUGGCCAGUGUAUGGAGUGGUACACCAUGAGCAGCUGUCCACCUGCAAACUGUUCUGGCUACUGCACAUGUGCUCAUUGUUUGGAACAGCCUGGCUGUGGUUGGUGUACGGACCCUAGUAACACAGGAAAGGGGAAAUGCAUGGAAGGCUCCUACAGAGGUCCAGUAAAGAUGCCAUCUCCACCAACAACAGGAAAAUACUACCUGGAACCCAUCCUUAAUGUCAGCAUGUGUCCAGCAGAGAACAAAUACAACUGGUCCUUUAUCCAGUGUCCAGCCUGCCAGUGCAAUGGACACAGUAAAUGUGUAAAUGAAAGCAUCUGUGAAAAGUGUGAGAACCUGACAACUGGCAAACACUGUGAGACUUGUAUAUCCGGCUACUAUGGAGAUCCUACUAAUGGAGGAACAUGCCAGUGUAAGUGA